CAGAGGGAAGUGGGCGGGAGCCGAGUGCCGGGGGCCAGAGUCUCCUCAGUCGCCGGGCGCUGGGCAGGGGGUGACCCGCGCGGGCCGGGCCGGGAUGAGCAAUGGCAUCGGUCAAGGUGGCCGUGAGGGUCCGGCCCAUGAAUCGCAGGGAAAAGGACUUGGAAGCCAAAUUCAUUAUUCAAAUGGAGAAAAGCAAAACAACAAUCACAAACUUAAAGGUACCAGAAGGAGGGACUGGGGACUCAGGAAGAGAAAGAACCAAGACCUUCACAUAUGACUUUUCUUUUUAUUCUGCUGAUAACAAAAGUCCAGAUUAUGUUUCACAAGAAAUGGUUUUCAAAACCCUCGGCACAGAUGUUGUGAAGUCUGCAUUUGAAGGUUAUAAUGCUUGUGUCUUUGCAUAUGGGCAGACUGGAUCUGGAAAGUCAUACACUAUGAUGGGAAAUUCUGGCGAUUCUGGCUUAAUACCUCGUAUCUGUGAAGGACUCUUCAGUCAGAUAAAUGAAACCACCAGGUGGGAUGAAGCAUCUUUCCGAACUGAAGUCAGCUACUUAGAAAUUUAUAAUGAACGUGUGAGAGAUCUUCUUAGGCGGAAGUCAUCCAAAACCUUCAAUUUAAGAGUCCGUGAGCACCCAAGAGAAGGACCUUAUGUUGAGGAUUUAUCAAAACAUUUAGUACAGAACUACGGUGACGUAGAAGAACUUAUGGAUGCAGGAAAUAUCCUUCGCACCACAGCAGCGACUGGGAUGAAUGACGUCAGUAGCAGGUCUCAUGCCAUCUUCACCAUCAAGUUCACUCAGGCAAAAUUUGAUUCAGAGAUGCCCUGUGAAACCGUGAGUAAGAUCCACCUCGUCGAUCUUGCCGGGAGCGAGCGUGCAGAUGCCACCGGUGCAACCGGGCUUAGACUGAAGGAAGGAGGCAACAUCAACAAAUCCCUCGUGACUCUGGGAAAUGUCAUUUCUGCCUUAGCCGAUUUAUCUCAGGAUGCAGCAAACCCCCUUCUAAAGAAGAAGCAAGUUUUUGUGCCUUACAGGGAUUCUGUUUUGACUUGGUUAUUAAAAGAUAGCCUUGGAGGAAACUCUAAAACUAUCAUGAUUGCCACCAUUUCACCUGCUGAUGUCAAUUAUGGAGAAACCCUGAGUACUCUUCGUUAUGCAAAUCGAGCCAAAAACAUCAUCAACAAGCCUACCAUUAAUGAGGAUGCCAACGUCAAACUCAUCCGUGAGCUACGAGCUGAAAUAGCCAGGCUGAAAAUGCUUCUUGCUCAAGGGAAUCAGAUUGCCCUCUUAGACUCCCCCACAGCCUUAAGUAUGGAGGAAAAACUUCAACAGAAUGAAGCAAGGGUUCAAGAAUUGACCAAAGAAUGGACAAAUAAGUGGAAUGAAACACAAAAUAUUUUGAAAGAACAAACUCUAGCCCUUAGGAAAGAAGGUAUUGGCAUUGUUUUGGAUUCUGAACUGCCUCAUUUGAUUGGCAUUGAUGAUGACCUUCUGAGUACUGGAAUCAUCUUAUAUCACUUGAAGGAAGGUCAGACAUAUGUUGGUAGAGAAGAUGCUUCAACAGAACAAGAUAUUGUUCUUCAUGGCCUGGACUUAGAGAGUGAGCACUGUAUCUUUGAAAAUGUUGGGGGGACUGUGACUCUGAUACCCCUGAGUGGGUCUCAGUGCUCUGUGAAUGGUGUUCAAGUCAUGGAGGACACACAUCUAAAUCAAGGUGCAGUGAUACUCUUGGGAAGAACGAAUAUGUUCCGUUUCAACCAUCCAAAGGAGGCUGCUAAGCUCAGGGAGAAGAGAAAGAGUGGCCUUCUGUCCUCCUUCAGCUUGUCCAUGACCGACCUCUCGAAGUCCUGUGAGAACCUGUCUGCAGUCAUGUUAUAUAACCCUGGUCUUUUCCCUAUAAAAGGACCCAUCUGUCUAAGACUUGAAUUUGAGCGGCAACAGCGUGAAGAACUUGAGAAAUUAGAAAGUAAAAGGAAACUCAUAGAAGAAAUGGAGGAAAAGCAAAAAUCAGAUAAGGCAGAGCUGGAGCGGAUGCAGCAGGAGGUGGAGACUCAGCGCAAGGAGACGGAAAUCGUCCAGCGCCAGAUCCGCAAGCAGGAGGAGAGCCUCAAGCGCCGCAGCUUCCACAUCGAGAGCAAGCUGAAGGACCUGCUUGCGGAGAAGGAAAAGUUCGAGGAGGAAAGGCUGAGGGAGCAGCAGGGGAUUGAGCUGCAGAAGAAGAGGCAGGAAGAAGAGAGCUUUCUCCAUGUCCAGGAGGAACUCCAGCGGCUGCGGGAGCUCAACAGCAAUGAGGAGGCUGAGGAGAUUCAGAUAUUUCGAGAACUGGACCAGCUCAAAAGGGAAAAAGAAGAGCAGUAUGCCAAGCUUGAAUUGGAAAAAAAGAGACUGGAGGAGCAAGAAAAGGAACAGGUCACGCUCGUGGCCCAUCUGGAGGAGCAGCUCCGGGAGAAGCAGGAUUUGAUCCGGCUCCUCCAGCGAGGGGAGGUACAGCGGGUGGAGGAGGAGAGGCGGGACCUGGAGGGCAUUCGGGAGGCCCUGCUGCGGGCCAAGGAGGCCGGGACUGAGGGGGACGAGGACACCGAGGAGCUGGAAAGGGCUCAGCUGCACUUCCUCGAGUUCAAGAGCAGACAGCUGGUCAAGCUAGCCAACUUGGAGAAGGACCUGGCUCAGCAGAAAGACCUUCUGGAAAAAGAACUUGAAGAAGAACGGGAAUUCCUAGAGCAUCUAAAAUCAGAAAAUGAAGAAGAAUUUAGGUUGCUGGAAAGAAAUGAUGAUAGCCUCACCCAGAUGACUCAGGGUUUGAAGAAGAUAAAGCCGACAGAGUCUAGGCUGCAAUAUAAGGAGCGCCAGCUCCAGUACCUCCUGCAGAAUCACUUGCCAGCUCUGUUAGAAGAAAAGCAGAGAGCCUUUGAAAUUCUUGAGGGAGGCCCUCUUGGCUUAGAUAAUACUCUUUACCACGUGGAGAAAGAAAUGGAAGAGAAGCAAGAGCAGCUCGCGCAGUACCAAGCCAACGCCAGCCAGCUGCAGAAGCUCCAAGCCACCUUUGAAUUCGCUGCCAAUGUUGCACGUCAGGAAGAAAAAGUGAGGAAAAAGGAGAAGGAGAUUCUGGAAUCACGGGAGAAGCAGCAGAGAGAGGCGCUGGAGCGGGCUGUGGCCAGGCUGGAGAGGAGGCACUGGGCCCUGCAGAGGCGUUCCACCCUGGGUCUGGAGAUCCAAGAGCAGAGGCAGAAGCUGGCCACUCUGCAUGGGGAUGGCAGUGGGCAGGCUGGGCUCCAGGCCAGCCUGGAGGCAGAGCAGGAGGCCCUGGAGAAGGACCAGCAGAGGUUAGAACAUGAAAUACAACAGUUGAAGAAGAUCUGUGAGGUUGAUGAUGUUCAAAAAGGUAAUCAUGAGACCUUGGAGGUGAAGACUGAUUCUUCCAGCUUGUCAUCUAGUGCUGAAAAGCCUCACCCAGUCUCUCUGAUGGAUGCCAGGAUCAACGCUUACAUUGAAGAGGAAGUCCAGAGGCGACUUCAGGGCCUGUACUGCGUUCCUGGCAAUGACGGCCACACCCCUGCAGAUGCAAUGAAGGAUAAUGAGAAGCUUCACAAUGGUGCCAUUCAACGUAAGCUAAAAUAUGAGAAAAGGUACCUUGCUUGGCUGUUGCCCAGAGAUGUUACUGGCACUUCCAGCAGAGGGGAGAAGAGGGAGGUGGAUCAGAACAACCCCCAGAGUCAUCCCAUGACACAGAGCAUCUCAGGCCCUACAGCUCCCUUCUCGGCAUCACAAGAGGGAACCCACCUGCGAAGGGAGCCACCCUCAGGACGUGAGGUGUUUCACAGUAGCUAUUGCAAAUACAGUCACCCUGAGCACGUGGGUGAUUUUCAACCUAAGUAUUUCAGUCUCCCUCAAAGCUCUUCUUUUAACAAAAGCAGAACCAGGAAUGCAGACCAUUGUCAGCAUCAGUCAGAACCUGUCAGCGAGCCAGUGACUCAUGAAGAUGAGCACAGCCUGGGAAUCAAGUCCAGCUGGACUUGGCUGCAGCAGCCAGCCCAAGGAGCGUCUAUAAGUAGUGAAAGCACGCAGACCAGGCAGAGCAAGUUGCUUUGUUUUGUUCUGCCUGAAAAUGUUUCUAGAAAGGAGAGUGCAUCCAACAGCGCUCCUCAGGGUGCAUCAGCCUCGGAAUUUUGUAGCAAACAGCAAGCUAAGAAAGAGCUAGCUGCAAAGAAGGCCAGCACUCCAGAGUCACUGGUAAAUAUAAGGACAGAAGAAGGCAGUGGAUUGGAAUAUUUUUACCACAGGUUCUCACGCCUUUGUGAAGAUACCAGCAGUCACUUGCUGCAGGCUGGUGCAGAGGUGAUGCGGCAAGUCAGGCACAUGGGAGGCCCGUGUGACCCCAGCAGGCUCACCUCCCAUGUAACAACAUUCAUCAGUAGACUGCCGUUCCUGAAGCACUUAUCCCUGGGCAGGGUGCCCCCAGAGUCCCCUUUUUUUCCCAGAGAAGCUCAGGGUGGCGGCAGUAACAGCAGGGAGGCUGGGGCCAUUAGGCUGGCAGAGAGCACGGGGCCUUACAGAGCACCAGGCCAUCCUCCUGCCUCUGCAGCUGCAGACUCACCAGCUCCCUGGUUGAGCUCUGUUUUCCGUCUUGAACACAAAGGUGAUGGAAGGAUCUCUGCAUUUAAGCAGAUCCUUGUGCGGUUCCCAGAUCAAGUGUUGGAACUUCAGGAGUGCCCUCUGCAAGACUUUCUUGAGCAUGUGGCUGGCUGCCUACCAGAACUUCUGGGUGACAUUAAUGAAGUCAAAGGGGUUUACUGGCUGGCUGUUGGUAACUGCACAGAGCCUGACCCCCAACCAGCAUGCUUACUGCUACUUCGUUCAACUUUAUAUGCUUUGGUUCUGUCAGAUAAUCCCCUAGGUUCACUGGGCAUUUUUCAUGCUCUGCCUCUCUGCAGGCUAGAGGAGAUUCAAAUUGGCUUUGGUGGACAGAGCAUUCGAUUCCUGGGCUCUACAGAGAGUCUCUUGCUCACUGUAUUUAGUUAUAACAAAAACCUCUGUCAGCAGAUAUGCUGUGACCUCUUGUGUGUCCUGAUGCCUGAGUCUGAUGCUGCUGCCUGCACCAAUCACCCUUUGUUCCAGCAAGAUCUGGUCCAGCUUUCUCUUGAUUGGAAAGCACAAAUCCCUGAUGUCAUUUUAGCAAAUGGAGUUCGGUUGUCUUCUAAAUUCCAGCAAACCUUGGUUGACAUGAUUUACUUUCUUCAUGGAAAUAUGGAAGUCAACAUUCCCUCUCUGGUAGAGGUUCAAUUACUGCUCUACACAACGGUCAGAGUCCUGGGCGACUCUGGCCACAACCACUGCCAGUCACUAGUGCUUCUGAACACCCACAUCGCCCUUGUGAGGGAAGAUCGAGUGUUCCAUCCCCAUGCUCGGUGUCUAAACACACCAACUCCAUGGACGCAAUUCGAUGUGAUCAAAUGCCAUUCUCUCAGUGAACUCAGGUGUGUCGUUGUUCCAGAGAAGAAAACCUUACCAACUGUGGAACUUGUCUUCAUACAAAAACUCAGACUUCCAUCAGAUUCAAGAGACUGUCCACCUGUGCACCCGGAAGAGGCCCAGAAUGUGCAGCUGCUCACCAGCACACUGUAUCUUUGGGGCGAUCAGAAUGUGGCACUGGAUGUCUGGAAACUGACCCUCAAUUCUCAGGAUGAGGCUAUGUGGCUAAUAUCACAUCUGACAAGGCUCUAGGGAGAUUUGUAAAAAUACUCUGCAUAUUUUUUGAGUUUUUAAUAAAAUGAACAUUUUGAAGUUA